AUGUCGUCCCUCCCGUACGGAAUAUUCUCUCCAUCUAGGACUGUGCCAGUCAAAACUCGAUUGUCGGAUAUAGAGCUAGUGUUGGCAGACCAGAAACUAGAUGGUCACUAUAUUCCAGUACUGAGUUAUGUGCCGACCUCCGACACUUCACCUAACUCCCGGCCUGUUCUAGUGUACUUGCACUUGGGCGGAUUUCUGUUUGGCGACCUGGAAAGCGGUGAUCUCUAUUGUCGUGUUCUUGCUUCACGACUGGAUCUGAGUAUCCUCAAGGUCGAUUACCGUCUGGCACCAGAGUGGCCGUUUCCCCAUGGUGUGAAUGACAGCUAUGAUGCCGUAGAAUGGGUGAGUAUAUGA